CCUGGGUCUGCUCCGGGUCGAACUCUGGGCACCUGCGGGUUAACAAACCAAUCUUUUUUUUCAGAAAAGCUGCAAAUUUGGGAUUUUGGAGAGAGGAAAAGGCGGACCCGUUACUCUAGCGGCUUAGCUUGCAUUGUUGAAUCUUGAAUGGCAAAGCACGAGAGUCGAAGCAUGUCCAUAGCACAGCUCUUGUGGUAUAUGGGCAUAGCCACAACCAUAAAGCUGUUAGUAAUCCCAUCAUACCACAGCACAGACUUGGAAGUCCAUCGCCACUGGCUGGCCAUUACCCACUCUCUUCCUCUCAGUAAAUGGUACUUUGAUGAAACCAGUCAAUGGACGCUCGAUUACCCUCCCUUCUUCGCAUACUUCCAACGCUUCCUCUCUGUCUUUGCUCAUCUAGUUGACUCACAGAUCGUCCAUCUUCAUCAUGGCCUCAAUUACAAAGCCAGUUCUGCCAUCUAUUUCCAGAGGAUUUCGGUGAUUGUCUCAGAUUUAUUUUUUAUGUACGGGGUUUACAGAUGUACUUCAAAUUUGCCUUCGUUGAAACGGAAUUUGGUAUGGAUAUUGGCGGUUUGGUCUCCGGUCCUCGUGAUUGUGGACCAUCUGCAUUUUCAGUACAAUGGGUUUCUGUUUGGAUGGUUGUUGUUGUCAAUUUCUUUUUUAGCACAAGGAAGAGAUUUGAUGGGUGGGUUUUUGUUUGCUGUGUUGCUGUGUUUCAAACAUUUGUUUGCAGUGGCGGCUCCUGUUUAUUUUGUUUACUUGUUGAGGCAUUACUGUCGGGGUGGGCUUGUUAAGGGUUUUGCUCGGCUUUCAGUUAUGGGGGCUGUUGUUGUGGCAGUUUUCGCUGCAGCAUAUGGGCCGUUUGUUUAUCAUGGGCAGAUACAACAAGUCAUCCGCCGCAUGUUUCCUUUUGGCAGGGGACUCUGCCAUGCAUAUUGGGCUCCAAACUUCUGGGUUUUCUAUAUCAUGUUAGAUAAAGGGAUUGCUUUCUUGCUGACGAAGUUUGGGUUCAAUAUCCCAUCACCAGCAGCUUCAUUCACUGGUGGACUAGUUGGCGAUGCAUCACCAUUUGUUAUAUUACCUCAGAUAACUCCCAUGACAACCUUCAUUUUGGUCCUGCUUGCCUUAUCUCCUUGUCUGAUUAAAACUUGGUUGGAUCCCAGGCCAAGGCUGAUCACUAGAUCAGUUGCCUAUGCUUACACUUGUGGUUUUUUAUUUGGGUGGCAUGUUCAUGAGAAAGCAUCACUACACUUUGUCAUCCCCCUUGCAAUUGUUGCUGUGGAAAGUAUGGAGGAUGCGAAGCAUUACUUCAUGCUAUCUAUAGUGUCUAGCUACUCACUCUUUCCCCUUCUAUACGAAGCCCAAGAAUACCCAAUAAAAGUGUUGCUGUUGCUGCUACACUCUAUCCUAAUAUGGUUCUGUUUUUCUGCACAAUUCACCAAGAAUAAAGCAAUGAAGUCCACUUUACAGGCUGACAAGAAGGCCGCUCAGUUUGACUUGAAGGGAAGUUCCCGAACUGCUGCUGUGAACGGAGGCUUUGUUCUUGGUUGGCUUGCAAAGAGUUACCUGUUUGGUGUUUUGGUUGUUGAGAUAUGGGGUCAGUUUUUGCAUCCUUACCUUCUCGGUGAUAAGUUUCCCUUUGUACCACUUAUGUUGAUCUCAAUAUAUUGUGCAUUAGGGAUUUUGUACUCUUGGAUUUGGCAACUGACACAGAUCAUGAUAUUGUCCUGACUUGCAUUCCCAAGUGUUGCUCCUUUGGAUUCUAGUUUAUUGAGUAAAAAAAUUUUCUAAUUCCCAAGUAGAUAGGGAAGACAAAUCUUGCUUGAAGUGUGCUAUUGAGAUUCUAGUUUGUUUCUCAUACAAUUUUUUUUACUA